CAGCCAGCAGCCAAGCGUGCCUGGUCAAACAGCAACUAACGCGAUCCAGCGAAUUUUUUUUAAUUUUUUUUAUAAUUUCUUUUUUUGCCUUCGGUUCUGCUUAGCAAUUGACAUUUGCCCAGCUCCACGCAUGACAUAUGCAACUUGCCGAAUAGCAAAAAAAAAAAAAAAAAAAAGAAACCUCCAACCGAACCAAGCUACCUUUCGACCAUCAUCCCAAAAGAACAAUAAUACGAAAAAAAAUAAACACUAUACUCUAAAAUGUCGGCAACUUCCGUAAAAACAAUGACUAGAGUCAAUACCUGCCCAAACUCGGUCUCGGCCGCAAGGCUGUUCCUCCAGGUCGCCGCACAGAGGACCUCGCCGCCGCGCUUCUUCGACAUUUUGCUGCCGGCUUCGACCAUCCGCUACUUUGCCACUACCAACAACACGGCCGCGACGCGCCGGCAAUGGGGAGCCGGGAUCGUCCCGAUAGCACCGCAGCAGCAGCCCCGCGGCUUCAGUCCCCGGAGAAGACAGCCGCAGCAGCACCUUCCGCCGGCGCCACCGCCCACCCCGACGCUCGAGGGUAUCCUGCCGCUGGUGGCCGGCCGGCGCCAGUAUUCUGCCUCGGCGGCGGCCCGGGCCUGUGAGACAAGGACACUGCACAACCCGCAGAUGGACGAGGAUGGGAACGAGAUGAGGCUGGAGAUAACGCCCCGAGCGGCAAAGCGUCUAUCCGAAAUCAUGACCAAGGACAAAAACCCCCAGCUCGCCCUGCGCAUCCAGGUCGAGAGCGGCGGCUGCCACGGCUUCCAGUACCUGAUGCGGCUUGUCACCCUGCCUCCGACCCUGCCGACUGCAGCAGCCGCAGAACCUUCGUCCGAUGGGGAGCAACAACCAGUCGUUGGGGAGGACGAUACCAUAUUCUACUAUGCCCAGGACGCGGCCGACCCUCUUGCCGAACCCAAGAUCAUCCUGGAUCAGCCGUCGUUGGAACUGCUCAAGGGUAGCAAGGUCGACUUCACUAUGGAGCUGAUAGGGUCUCAGUUCAAAAUUGUAGACAAUCCUCUAGCGACGAGCAGCUGUGGUUGCGGCACCAGCUUUGACGUCAAGAUAUAGACGAAUGCGACCGCAGAGUAAAUAACAAUACAGACAUGAAUCAUUCAGGCAUAGCAUAGCAAGUCAAACAGUAAAUAAAUAAAGCAAUAAUCCAUCUCCG